GCAGAGCAGCCAUCUUGAUUUGCUUUUUGAGUGCCCUUUUUCCAAAUGAGGGAUCAAUCACCCCAUCUCUACUAACUAGCCCUGCCUUUACGUACAAAAAGCAUCCCUUCAUGAUAAAAACACACACAUCAUUUCAUCACUGACCAAACUAUGCGACAAAACACGCACAUAUAAAGGCUAAGAUGUCUGAUUUGUGUAAUCUAAUUAAUUAAAGCAACUCAAUUAAUUUUGUACACUUAAUUAGCUUCUAUAAUUAGUUUGUGGAGUGUGAGUAACGAACGGAUCCAUGAAACUCCUGCCCCGCCAGGCGCACUUUGCUUCUUCGAUCCUUAAUUAUUUCCCAUGUUGCGUCUGCUUUCUUAAUUUGCUUUAACGUACGUAACUUCCUUCUUUCACUUUAAAACAAAAAACAAAGCAAUCAUCAAAUUGUUAAUAUCAGAUGGAGUAUAGCAUGUUUUCUCAUUCAUAUAUAUCUGCUGCCUGUUACUUAAUAAAUUAUGUAGUUUCUUUUGUGUAGUUUCUUCAACAGAUCAGAGAUCAGAGUAAUUCUACUCUUGCAUGUUAUUCCAUGGCUGGGGGACGGGGAUUGCCAAAGUCGUGUAUUCUCCUCAUCGUGGUGGCCGGAAUGGAGAGAUUCACAUUCAAAGGGGUGGCGUCGAACAUGAUGACGUACUUGACGGAUGUGGUGAAGAUGAGCAACUCGUCGGCGGCAAAGAUGGUCAACAACUGGUGCGGCUUCACCUCCAUGGUCCCGCUCCUCGUCGCCCCUCUCGCUGACUCUUUCCUGGACCGCUACACCGCCAUCUCUCUCUCAUCUCUUCCCUAUCUUCUCGGGCUGUUUGCUUUGACAUCAAGGACAUUAAGUUGGCCAUGGAGAAGAACGACUCAUAGUGCUAGCUCCUCUCUCUUAGGGUGGUCUCUAGCUUUGAUCUCCCUCGGCCUCGGCGUUUUCAACGCUUCUUUACAGGCCUUCGGAGCCGACCAACUUGAAGAAGAGGAACACGAUUUUCCGCCUCUGGGCACCGACGGCGACGGCCAGGAGUCGAACUCCGACCGCCGGAGCACGUUCUUCCAGCGCUGGUACUUCGGCGUCUGUUGCGGAUGCCUAGUGGGAAUCGUGGGCAUGUCCUACAUUCAGGACACGGUCGGGUGGGGCCUGGGAUUUGCCAUUCCCGCCAUUGCAAUGGUGGCAUCCUUGACAUUGUUCUUCUGUGGGACCCGGUUUUACAGAGUCAAGAAAACCAAAGAGCCCAGCCUGAUUCAGACCAUCGCUUCAAGUUUGAAGAGUCGCAGUGAAAGUUCAGUGCCGGUGGACAAAUCUGACGUCAUCGUUGAACUUCGCGAUCAGAUCCAGAACCCACUACACUCUCCAAAUUCCAAUGGCGGAAAGAAACAGGACAGUGACAAAAUCAAUCCAUUACACCUUGCCAAGGUAGUCGUCUGUUUGUUGCCAACAUGGAUGACGCUCCUGAUGUUCGCCGUCAUUUUCCAGCAGCCGACGACUUUCUUCACCCGACAAGGCAUGACAAUGGAGAGAAACAUUGGAUCCAAAAUCAAGGUCCCGCCAGCCGCCCUCCAGAGCGCAAUCGCAGUCUCCGUCAUCCUACUCAUGCCAGUGUACGACAAGAUCUUCAUACCCUGCAUACGCGCCUUCACGCGCAAUGAGAAGGGCGUGACAGUGAGGCAGAGAAUGGGCAUCGGGAUGUUCCUCUCCGUCGUUGCGAUGGUGACCGCGGCGUUGACAGAGAAGAAGAGGCUCCACGUCAGUAGGUUACAAGCACCCGAAGAGUCCGAUGUGGUGCCGAUGAGCAUCUUUUGGCUGCUUCCGCAGUACAUUCUCCUGGGUAUUUCGGACAUUUUCACGGUGGUGGGGAUGCAGGAGUUCUUCUACUCCUCCGUGCCGGAAAAUAUGAAGACCUUUGGGGUGGCUCUGAAUACAAGUGUAUUUGGUGUGGGGAACUUCCUCGGGUCGGCAGUUAUCUCAUUGAUUGAGCACUUGACGUGCUCGAGAUCUGCGGGAGAGCAUCGCAGCUGGUUCUCUGACGACAUGAGAGAGGCGCGUUUGGACAACUAUUAUUGGUUUUUGGCAUCUUCAAGCUCUGUCAGCUUGGUGGCCUUUAUUGUCUUUUGCAAAUUCCAGAGGGUUAAAUCAGAAAGCGUAACAUGUUGUUGAUCUUUAAUUUAGAAACUGAUAUGUUAAUCCUUUUUUUCGGACAUAUCAACAUUAACUUUUUCAAGCAUUAAAUCCUUUAUUAUGUGUGUGGAAGUAUG